CACACACACACACACACACACACAGAGAGAGUCAGUGUGAGCAGUAAGCGCUGAGGAACAGCAGCAGCGUUUUUCUCUGCCUUUACAGACCUGAGCACUUUUUCCCUCCAGCCAGCCUCAUUUUUUAAAGUUUUUUCCUCCCUCCUUCUCUGCCUCUCCUCUUUUGUUUUCUUCUCUUCUCUUCUCUUUUCUUCGCUUCUACUCCAAACCGCGAGCGGAUGUGAGCUGCAGAAAAGUGAGGCUUGUUUCUUUCAUUUUGUGCGCUCCGGCUUUUUUUCUGUUUUAGGGGUUUUGUGUUGCUUUUGGAGCUCGUUUUGUUUUGUCCCUGCGUCUCGCGCGUGUGCGCGCGCUUGGAGAAGAAGAAGAAGCGACAAAACAACGACGACAUCAACAUCACCAGCAGCAGCAGCAGCAGCAGCGAAGUUUCAGUGAGAAAAAGCGGGAGUUUUGGUUGAUGGUUUCACUGAAAUGGACGUGAGGUUUUAUCCCCCUCCAGCAGCAGAGCCUCCUUCAGCUGCAGACCCUGCCAGGCUGGGAAACUCUCACUAUUCAGACUACUGCACCAAGUUUGACGGUGAAAACAUGUUCAUGGGUAUGCCUGAGCCCAGCGCGGACUUUGUGCCAGGGAACCAGUUCCGUGUUCCUGCGAGCCCGAGUCAGAUGCAGCAGAGCCCCAAACAGGGAGGGCAGUGGAAAAGGGAGGCGGACGGCCCAAGACUGCCCUGGUCCUAUCCAGUGCCCGGUCUUGGAGACGAGGACUUCAACAUCCCUCCCAUCACCCCGCCCACUCUGCCUGAGCACGUUUUGGCUCACCUGCCCGAGACGGAUUCGGCGUACCACCCACUGUGCCCACCCGUCUCUCAGAGCGGGCUGCACCCCUUCCACCUGCAGCCCGUAGACCUGCCCAUGUCUGUCCCCAGCAUGGUGGGCCAGGACACCAACCUCAUCACCAACUCACUCUCAGUGAUGCAGCAGAUGGUUAACUCAGACUCGCGAUACAGCGGCCAUCCUCAGGUCGACCCACUCAGGCCCAGGGUCCAGUCGGGCAUGGCUCCUCAGGGUCAGCUAACCACCAUCAACCAGUCACAGCUCAGCUCUCAGCUGGGCGUGAGCGGAAACGGCACACACGGCUCUCCGUCUCCUCCCGAGAGCAAAUCGGCCACACCUUCACCUUCCAGCUCGGUGCACGAGGACGAUGCUGAGGAAGCUCUGAAGAGUGGUGCGGAAAAGAGAGCUGCCUCAGACAUGGCCAAAAAACCCAAAACCCCCAAGAAGAAGAAGAAGAAGGACCCCAACGAGCCACAGAAACCUGUAUCUGCAUACGCUCUGUUCUUCAGAGACACACAGGCAGCCAUUAAAGGCCAAAACCCCAACGCCACUUUUGGAGAGGUGUCCAAGAUUGUGGCUUCUAUGUGGGACGGUCUGGGAGAAGAACAGAAACAGGUGUACAAAAAGAAGACGGAAACUGCGAAGAAGGAGUAUCUGAAACAGUUGGCCGCUUACAGGGCCAGUCUCGUCUCUCAGAGUUACGGUGACCCAGGCGAUGUGAAGGUGUCCCAGGCCUCUCAGAUGUUGGGGCCGAAGCCGCCGGUGUUUCCUGGAGCAGGCCAGUCUCACCCAGGUCUUUACAUGGGACCCCCAUACCCCCAGCAGCCUGGCCUGAACCCCCACCUUCCCCACAGCCUGGUACGGGGGUGCCCACCCCGGACCAGCGCCCCCAUGCCAGGUUCAGUGGGCAUGAGCAGCAUGGCAACGACCCCCCCACCCCUGCAGAUCAGCCCACCAUUACACCAGCACCUCAGCCUGCACCAGCAGCAACAGCAGAUCAGCAGCCACUCACUGCCACUGCACUCACCUUCUAUGGCACAGGGCUUUCCCCUCCAGGCUGAAUAUCAGAGUAUGAUAAACGUCUCCUCAGCCGGACCGGGUCUGUCCCCCUCCAUGGACUAUCGCUCUGGCUGCAGGACCGGGCCUGGACAGGGUUUGGAGUGGACCCCAGAUUACUGCGGAAACGGCGCUCUGCAGAGGGAUAAAGCCCUGUAUCUGACCUGAUUGAGACCAUCCUCUCUCUCUGCAACUUCACAGGACCAAGGCAGUUCUGCUUUCAAUCCAACUGUUCAUCUCCGGCCUCCUCAUUCAGGCAAAACGUGCACAAAACGCACAUUAAAACAACCGAUUGCCGUGUGUUUGUGUAUGGGAAUAAGUUUCCUAAUCACUCGCUCUUCAGCCAGACCCUUGAUCUGGGGUUCGGAAAAUGUUUCUUCUCUGAAGCCUCUGACGUUCAGACGUUUGGGGGCAUGAAAAUGGAAAAUGUAAAAAAAUGUAGGAUAAAAAUAAAAGUUAAAUACAAUCACUGAAGGUUUAAUAACCCCCAUCUCCAACCCCCCUAUCUCUUUUUCUCCUGUAAUGUUGGUCCUAUUUACAAGAAUCUGUUUCGGGGAUUCAGUGAAACAGCGCAAGUUAAACGGAUCUGUAAGCACUUACUGUCAGAAUGAAAACCAAAACUGCAAAGACAAAUUCAAUUACAGUCUGGAAAAAAAGGAAAAAAAAUAGAGCGUGUCGGUUAUUCCUUUAUUUCUCCGCACCUACGCGCUCUCUAUCUCUCUCGCCCUUUCUCUCUCUCUCCAGCUUUCUGGUUCCCCUUUGUAUAGCUCUCUCUCUCUCUUGCUCUCUCGCUCUCGCUCUCUCUCUCUCUCGCUCUCUCUCUCUCUCGCUCUCUCUCUCUCUCUCUCUCUCUCUCUCUCUCUCUCUCUCUCCCCACCCAUAAUGCUCUUUGCUAGUGAACUGCCUUAGAAAACUGAACUGUUGUAAGUAUAAAGUGAUCAUUCAUAGGCGCCCCUAUGAACUGCGUUAGUGGCUUUCGUAGCCCCCAAACCCACUCCCCCACCCCCUCAGAAAUUUUGAGCUGUAAAUAGAAUCUGUGUGAUUAUUAUUUACUCCUAGAGUAUAAAAAUCUUCUGAUUUUUUUUUGUUUGUUUGUUUGUUUUUGUUGUUUUUUUUCCAAUGUGAUUUCAAAUUGGGCCAUGCCGGUUCGUUUUAGAAGUAAAAAUAAAUGAUUAAAUAAGUACAUAAAGGGAAAAUAGCUGACGUAUUUUCUUGGCAGCCGGAUUAGAUUUGUUUUUUUUUCCCAGUUUUAAUAAAAAAAUUGAUGCCGUUAAGGAAAAAAACCUGGAAGUAGCAUGAAAUGAGUUCCUAAAAGAAAGGAAAAGUUUAUUUUCUACUAAGCAAAAUACUUUUUUUGUAUCACUUCUGCCAUAUUGAUGAUACUGUCAUCCAAACCAUGUCUAUGGAAGUGUCAGAAGCUUGUACGGUGUUAAUUGGACGCAGUGGCAGAUUGGAUUUCGCUGUAUAACCCUGGCAUAUGGCUGAUUGGUUACUCUUCCUCUACACUGUGUCUAUAUGAGAUCUUUUUAUGGUACUUGUUUGCGCCUAUUUAUGAGAAAAAAAAAUAACUGUAGGUGUUUUUAAAAGUAAUUAUGUUAGCGAUUCUGGGGAUGUUUUUUCUGUUCAUUUGUAUUUUUUGGUUUAUUUUCUGUAUUUUUUUUUUUUUUGGCAGGAUUGAUCCGGGCGAUAAUGUGAACAAUUCUUAUUUAGUUUUUAUUGUGUUUGAAGAAUAAAAGCAAACCUGCAUUUUUGUGCAGUAA